CCCGCCCCAAUCCGUGUGGCACCACCCUGGCCACAACUCCCGACUUCCACCAAUUCUGCGGCCAUGGUUGCACUCAAGGGCAUCCCGAAGGUGCUGUCCCCGGAGCUACUGUUCGCGCUUGCGCGAAUGGGGCACGGAGAUGAGAUUGUUCUUGCAGAUGCGAACUUCCCUACUUCCUCCAUUUGCCAGUGCGGGCCUGUAGAAAUCCGAGCGGAUGGCCUAGACAUCCCACAGAUCCUGGAGGCUGUGCUGAAGCUGCUGCCCCUGGAUACCUAUGUGGAAAGCCCGGCUGCUGUCAUGGAGCUAGUGCCCAGUGACAAGGAGAGGGGCCUGCAGACCCCUAUAUGGAACCAUUAUGAAUCCCUUCUGCUCAAAGCUGACUGCAAGAAAGCCCUGAUGAAGAUAGAGAGAUUUGAAUUUUAUGAACGUGCAAAAAAGGCAUUUGCUGUUGUUGCAACCGGGGAGAUGGCACUCUAUGGAAACAUUAUCCUGAAGAAGGGAACUCUUGAUCUUGGACCCUCAUAGAGAUCAACUGAAUCCAGUCAGCAGGCCACCCCUUGGCAGCCCCCAGACCUGGACCCCAGCCUGGGGUUCAGGAGGUUGACAGAUCUUGAGUGACUCUACGGACCCUGGCAGAGAUUUCCCCCUUCCCUGAUUUGUGAAAUUGACUGGGGGGUGAAGGUAGGAGGGAGAUAAUAAUUACUGUCAAUCUUUAAAGGUUUUGUACUCCUAAA